AUGGCCGACGAAAAUGACCGCCAACUCCAGGAGCUGCUGGACCAUAUGGUCAAAUUAGCUAAGAGCCAUGUUCAAUUUUUCAACGAACGCAUUCGGAACAAUAAAAAUGACCAACAUCUGAUCCCGAUCGAUCGGAUCCUAGGGACUUUCGACUACGUAUCUUGCGAGGUCAACAAAAGCGAUAUGAUCAAUGAUAUAGUUAAAAAUGCCGUUAAACAAUUCUCUUCUGAACGGAGUGCAGAGGGAAUUAUCCAAACGACCCAUAGUGUCAUAACCAAAUUCUCGGACCAACCUCCGGGCGUACAGCAUACCCACACCCAAUACCUUAUUUCUGUCGACCCACUUGGCGGAAUUGCUCGCCCCGACGUGUUCUAUUUUUUCUACAAAUCCACGCCCAAUCAUUCCGUUCUCGCUUUAGGGAUCGUCAAGUCUUCUAUUAAUCCGGUCGACGUGGAUGACAAUGCUCUUCGAGUACUCGUCAAUCAAUGUUUUGAGACGGAGGAUGUACAGUGGAGAAAGGAGGUGUACAAAAUGAUUUUUGAGGAGUUUGAAAAGUAUAGGGUUGUAAAAAGUGAACGAUCCGAGGAAGUUCCGGAUAAUGAAUAUGGAAGGGAGGUACAUAGAGAAGGGCCUCAGCCGGAUACGAAAGCUGACACAGCUACUUGA